UUAGUGCAACAGGCAGGGCGGAACUGCUGUUCCCUGUUUCGACGGAAGACCGAGUGGAGUUACAGUAAAUAAAGUAGAGAACAUGCCGCCGUGCUAGGUGAAACUAGCCCGUUUUGGUAGCAACAUCGCGGCGUGUUAACGGGUGUUUGCGGACUCGGGUUUGAACUUCCCUCACUUCAUUCCCCGCGACGUUAUUUUUGACGAAGGGAGGCGGCGGCGACGGAGCUCGCGCUCGGCAGCCAUCUUUGGAGCUGCCUGCUGCUGCUGCUGGGAGUGGGAUUCGACUCUUCUGGCUCCCCAGUGACUUCAAGGGUGGGGAUUUUAAGCUACAGUCCUUAUCUAAACUCUGUGCCGCAGUCGAGUGACAGCACUCGGAAACGAGUGGAUUCCGUUCGCAGAGCUGUCGGACGUGGAAUGAGACGGGAGGGACACUUUUACGGUCCCAAAGUGUUGUGAAUUUAACGACAUUAUCCGCGGCGCUGAACGCUGGCCUGUCAGAGGAGGCUCUGAACACGCAUGAGACCGCUGUCCUGCAGAUGAGCCACCGGUGGGGGCUUUCGAGUCGCUGUCGCAGACCCAGAUAGUUACUGGCGGCAGCGGCAUCGCCCCCACAACUCCACAUUAUGCCCAACAGCACUCGGGCGGGGAGCCUGAAGGACCCCGAUAUAGCCGAACUCUUCUUCAAGGAGGACCCGGAGAAGCUCUUCACAGAUCUGCGUGAGAUUGGACAUGGCAGCUUUGGUGCUGUAUACUUCGCCCAAGAUGCACGGACAAACGAGGUGGUGGCCAUCAAGAAGAUGUCCUACAGUGGGAAGCAGUCUACUGAGAAAUGGCAAGAUAUAAUCAAGGAGGUGAAAUUCCUGCAGAGGAUACAACAUCCCAACAGCAUUGAGUACAAAGGAUGUUACCUGAGAGAGCACACGGCCUGGCUGGUGAUGGAGUACUGUCUUGGCUCCGCCUCAGAUUUGUUAGAAGUUCACAAGAAACCUCUGCAAGAAGUUGAAAUAGCUGCAAUUACCCAUGGUGCUCUGCAGGGGUUGGCUUACCUUCACUCCCACAACAUGAUUCAUAGAGAUAUCAAAGCAGGAAACGUCUUGCUGACAGAGCCGGGGCAGGUCAAACUGGCAGACUUUGGUUCUGCCUCCAUUGCCUGUCCCGCCAACUCCUUUGUGGGGACUCCAUAUUGGAUGGCCCCAGAGGUCAUUUUAGCCAUGGACGAGGGUCAGUAUGAUGGAAAGGUGGACAUUUGGUCUUUGGGAAUCACCUGCAUUGAAUUAGCUGAGAGGAAGCCUCCACUGUUCAACAUGAAUGCAAUGAGUGCCUUAUACCAUAUAGCACAGAAUGAGAGCCCCAUGCUGCAGUCCAGUGAAUGGACUGAUUAUUUCCGAAACUUUGUAGAUUCUUGUCUCCAGAAAUUUCCCCAGGACAGACCGAACUCGGAAGAGCUGUUAAAGCAUGCCUUUGUCCAGCGUGAACGACCAGAAUCAGUUUUAAUGGACCUGAUAAACCGGACCAAAGAUGCCGUGCGGGAGCUGGACAAUCUGCAGUAUCGUAAAAUGAAGAAGAUCUUGUUUCAGGAAGCCCACAAUGGUCCCACGAAUGAAGCACAAGACGAAGAGGAGGAGCCAGAACACAAUGUGAGCAGGACGGGUACUGUGAACAGUGUGGGCAGCAACCAGUCCAUCCCCAGUAUGUCCAUCAGUGCCAGCUCCCAGAGCAGCUCCGUCAACAGUCUGACAGAUGCAGGCGACGACAAGAGCGAGGUGGGCAUCGAGGGAGACCACACGGUCAUGUCCAACAGCUCCGUCAUUCACCUCAAACCGGAGCAAGAGACAUACAAUCCAGAGACGGAACCACAUGCUAACCGGCCAACUGAGCCACAGUCGCCACCCGCACACACUCCGCGGCCAAAACGAAACCGCGAACACUUCGCCACCAUACGCACAGCAUCAGUGCUCACUCGGCAGAUUAAGGAGCACGAGCAGGACUCUGAGCUACGAGAGCAGAUCUUAGGCUACAAGCGCAUGAGACGGCAGCACCAGAAACAGCUGAUGGCCCUGGAGAACAAGCUAAAGGCCGAGAUGGACGAGCACCGGCUGCGUCUGGACAAGGAGCUGGAGAACCAGAGGAACAGCUUUGCCCAGGAGAUGGAGAAACUCAUCAAGAAGCACCAGGCGUCCAUGGAGAAAGAUGCAAAAACUGUGAGCAACGAUGAAAAGAAGUUCCAGCAGCACAUCCUGAGUCAACAGAAGAAGGAACUCAACAGCUUCUUAGAAUCACAAAAACGGGAGUACAAACUUCGCAAGGAACAACUCAAAGAGGAGCUGAAUGAAAAUCAGUCGACACCUAAGAAGGAGAAGCAGGAAUGGUUGUCCAAGCAGAAGGAGAACUUCCAGCACUUCCAGGCAGAGGAGGAGGCAAACCUGCAGCGCAGACAGAGACAGUAUCUGGAGCUGGAGUGUCGCAGGUUCAAACGGAGGAUCUUGAUGUCUCGCCACAAUGUCGAGCAGGACUUGGUGCGAGAGGAGCUGAACAAGCGUCAGACCCAGAAGGACCUGGAACAUGCCAUGCUCCUGCGGCACCACGAGUCCAUGCAGGAGCUGGAGUUCCGCCAGCUCAACACCAUCCAGCGGACGAGAGCCGAGCUGAUCCGCCUGCAGCACCAGACCGAGCUCACCAACCAGCAGGAGUACAACAAGAGGAGGGAGAGGGAGCUGCGGCGCAAACACGUCAUGGAGGUCCGCCAACAGCCCAAGAGCCUCAAGUCCAAAGAGCUACAGAUCAAGAAGCAGUUCCAGGACACAUGUAAGAUCCAGACCCGACAGUACAAAGCACUGAGGAACCACCUGCUGGAGACAACGCCAAAGUCCGAGCACAAGGCCGUCCUCAAGCGUCUGAAGCAGGAGCAGCAUCGUAAACUGGCCAUCCUGGCUGAGCAGUACGACCACUCCAUCAACGAGAUGCUCUCCACUCAGGCGCUCCGUCUGGACGAGACUCAGGAGGCUCAGUGUCAGUCUCUGAGAAUGCAGCUGCAGCAGGAGCUGGAGUUGCUCAACGCCUACCAGAGCAAGAUCAAGAUGCAGACGGACGCCCAGCACGAACGCGAGAAGAAGGACCUGGAGCAGAGGGUGUCGCUGAGGAGAGCCCUGCUGGAACAGAAGAUUGAGGAGGAGAUGAUGUCACUGCAGAACGAGCGCUUGGAAAGAAUCCGGAGUCUUCUGGAACGCCAGGCUCGGGAAGUCGAGGCGUUCGACUCGGAGAGCAUGCGACUGGGCUUCAGCAACAUGGUGCUAUCAAACAUGUCCCCCGAGGCCCUCAGCCACAGCUUCCCGGGGGGUUCUGGGAGUUGGAGUCAUCACCAUCAUCAACACCAUCACCACCACCAACACGCCUCACCUGGAAGCUCGCAGGGUUCACACUGGAGUGGCAGCGGGAGUGGCUCCGGCUCCAGCCACCACCUCCACUAUCACUCCAGUCCUGGAGGGGCAUCUAUGCAGCAGAGCUGGGGGCCAAGCGUGCAGGGAAGCGGGGGGCCGCCGCCGUGGGGUCACCCCAUGUCCCGCAGCAGCGUCAGCAGCAGCGGUGGCGUUCAGAACAGCCCCCAGGCGAUGGGGCGGACACCGUCGGGAGGACGCGGCGAGCAGGGCAUGAGCAGGAGCACCAGUGUUACCUCUCAGAUUUCUAACGGCUCACACCUCUCCUACACAUAAACCCACCUGUCAGCCGUGGAGUGGAAGAGUCCGUGAAAACAUGGCAGAACAGAGAGGCGUUUGCUCUGCUGCUGCCGCCGCCGCUCGGGGAUUCUCUCUCUCCGUCUCGCCCGUGUACAGAUGUGGAUAAACGUGCGGUUAAAUAAAUUAAUGUUGCUCAGGUCAAACGGGCUGGAGGAAAAAUAACAAGGCACAGCCCGUCCUCACAGCAGUUUAUCGCUACACACACACACACACACACACACACACAGACCCUGACGUCGGACGGCUGUCACUUUUUUUCCCCCAAAAAAACAAAGAAAUGCGAUCAAAUGUAUAACGACCUGCGUCGGCGGAUGUUUGUGUCGCUGUCGCAGCUGCAGCUGACGCCCUCGUAUAUGAUGUGCUAGGUGAACUCACCUGCGCCCUCUGCUGGAUUUUGUGACGAAAAGUGACGGCCCGUGUACGCAAGUGUGAACACGCGCAAUGAUAAAAGCUCCCGUUAUUUUCUUUUAAUUUACAGCUCUUUCUUUCUCUCAUUUUGCACACAAAGUCACACAAUCACAGUUUAAACACCGGCCUGUUCUCCUGCGGUAGUUUAAAAACAUACGAAAACAUGAUUUUAUUUGUUUCUGCUGUUGUGAAUCCAGCCUGCUGUCAUGGUCAUUUCUUUUAAUCCUGCAGUUUUAUUUCACCUGGUUUCCCUAAAAAAAACACUUUGAGGAGGCGUACGCUUUACUACUGCAGUGCCUUUUAACAAAGUCAUCAAAGUCGGAUAUUUGUAUUUUACCGUGUGUUCGUACGUGUGUGUGUUUAGUUUGAUUUGAUCUGUUGUUAAAGCAGUGGAGUUUAAGUCGGGAGUAAAGAUAUCACAAACUCAACAAACCCCUUUUUUUAAACUAUGAAGCUGCUGACGACGCAUUUGUGCUCGCUAAUUUUAAAGCAAUUUUUAAAAAAAAUCACAAUUGAGAAACAGCCCGUUUAACAUGACUCGGCUAAAAUGCUAAUGCAGAUUAUUUUUAUUUACGUUUUUUAUAGUCUGUAAAUGGUGAAACAUGCGAUAUACAGUAUAGGAUUUUACAUUUUUAUCUUAUCGUAUUGGUUCAUCGCGAAUUAUUAGUCUCAUUGUCCGACUCAUGACCUUGUUGAUUUUUAUUAGUGCCUUUUAGUUUUUUUUUUUUGUUUUUUUUUUUAAACCCGCUGCCUUUCAUUAAAGCACUUUAGACAGCUUUAAGUAUGUGUUCAAACAAAUAAUUUGGCACACCGGUCGUUUAUUUUUUUCUGAGGAGCCAUUUUGUGUUUAUGCCACUUCUCUCUGCGACUUUUGCUGUGUUUUUAAAUGUGUGUGUGAGAACGAGCUGCUACCGUUUUGUCGUCUCUUUUUGAAGACAAAACGCAGACUUUCUUGAAAUAUUUAAGCCACAGUUUUAUUAGUGUUAAAGAGACAAGAGUCAGACAGUCUGUGCAGGCGAGGAGUAAGCAUAUGGAGGUGUUUUAGUGCCACGUUGUUGAGCGCACACAAGUCCAUGUUUAGUUUAUUUAUGAGAAUGUCCAUUAGCUCUGCCCUAAAACAUGGCUUUCUGGGUUCCAGUUUUAAAAUGUACAUUAAAUACUCAAAGAUGUGGGCGGUGUCGAAGAGUUUGACAACCAAUCAUAUGUGAAUUAAAAAAACAGCUGGGCACUAAAAUACCUCCAUACAUGGUAACCAUCAUGACCAUGCAGCAGGCGGGGCACCAUGAAAAAAAUAAAACACUGUUUUAAAAUAAGACUGCGGCAAAGUUUAAAAAAAACAAAACACACACAACAGGUUAAAAUGGAGUUUUAAAAGUUGUGUCUGAGCAGAUUAUGAGUGAAAACAUGAUGACGUCAUCACAGCAGCUGAAAGUAAAAUGGAGUCGCGCAGGGAAAAAGGCAACAAGCACUUAGGUUUAUUCCUUUGAUCACUGUAAACUGAAAAUUGAUCGUUGUAAUGUCACCUUCUCUGGUAGAUGAAAACGUCAUUUGAGGAAAAAAUGUUUUUAAAGGGAUAGUUCAGGGUAUUUUGCAAUUAUCCACAUAGAAAAUCUAGCACCAAACAAAAUGGCUGCCUGACCGAAUCAUAAACUACAGCAAAUCUUAACAUUGUUCUUAAUUUCCUUAGUUUGGCCUUUGACAUGUUUGCUGUGCAAAUCUGGUUCAGGUUCUCCCGCUUCUGACUUUAAUCUGGCUUUAAUCUGGCUGUCGACUGACUGCACAAGUACCUCACUCACUCGCUCCUGCUUCAGAAAUCCCCAAACUAUCCCUUUAAGGCUGUUUCUCACCAGAGGAUUAGAGCGACCUGUGAAUUAUUUCUGGAAACAAAAUUUUUUAUUUGAAAAAAAAAAGACAGAAUACUGACCUUUUUUUCUCUCAGAAUUCUAGUUUAAUCUCAAAAAUUAAGGUUUUUUUAUUUGUUCAUUUAAUCUCAGAGUUCUGACUUUAAUCUCUGAAAUCUGAGUUGUUUUUUUUUUCUCCAUAUUUUAGAGAUUAAAGGCAGAAGACUGAGAGAAAAAGUGAUAAAUCUUAAAUCUCUGACCUUGUUUUUACUCAGAACUCUGAGAUUAAAGCCUGAAUUCCAAGUUUGUUUGUUCUUUUUCUCUCAGAAUUCUGCCUUUAAUCUCUGAAAUCAGGCUUUAAAAAAAAUCUGAGGUUUUAAAACAGAUUUAUGGGGGGAAAAAUAAAAUUUCAGAAAUUUCAAAUUCUGAGGACAAAGGUUUUUUUCACUCAGAAUUUUUUUAAUCUCUGACUUUUUGUUUAGUUUUACAAAAAAUAAAUAAAAAUUCCCAUUUCUGUGGAAGCGCCACAUGAAA